CAAAUGGUUAAAUUUUUCUGGAGUUUUAGAUGUUGUUUAAUUGAAAACUAAUUGAAGACCAAUGGAUUUUAACCCCAAAAAACAUGCUCGAUACUUCCUCCGUCUUUUAAAUAUUCUCCCCAGCCAUGCAAGUAAUUAUGAUUCUACAAGGCUGCUUCUGUGCUUUUUUGCGGUUUCUGGACUAGACCUCCUUGAUGCACUGGAUCAGUUAACACCAGAGAAGAAGGAACAUAUCCGAGAAUGGGUUUAUCAUUUACUUAUUCAAGCCAAAGAGUCAGAUGGCGAUGAUGAAGUGGCACGCUGGGGCUUCCAAGGAGCUAGUACUUUGAUACUACCCCCUGCGACAGGUGUGAUAGAUAACUCUGAGCCCUAUGCAUGUGGACAUGUCAGCAUGACAUACACAGGUCUAGGCACCCUGUUAAUUUUGGGAGACGAUCUGUCCCGGGUCAAUAGGAAAGUUGUAGCAGCAGGUGUACGAGCAUGCCAGCAGUCUGAUGGAAGUUUCUGUGCCACAUUAGCUGGCAGUGAAUGUGACAUGCGUUUUGUAUAUUCUGCUGCUGCAGUGUGCUAUAUACUACAGGACUGGAGUGGUAUGGAUGUUGGUCUAACGACCAACUACAUUAUGCAAAGCUUAGUGAGUCACAAUUUUUUUCAACUGCUACCUGGUUUCACAAUGAUUUUUCUUAUUAAUCAUGAUGAUAUUUUUCAGUCUUAUGAUAAUGCAUUUGCACAAGGACCUGGAUUAGAAUCACAUGGUGGUCAUACAUUUUGUGCUGUAGCUAGCCUCUCACUUAUGGGAACACUGCAUACAAUGCUUUCCACCAGACAGCUUGAUGGCCUACGCCGUUGGUGUAUGAUGCGCCAAGAAUCUGGUUUUAAUGGCAGGCCAAACAAACCUGUGGACACAUGUUAUUCAUUUUGGGUGGGAGCAACUUUAAAGAUCCUAGAUUGCUACGAUCUAAUCAAUAAAUCAGAAAAUCGGAGCUUUACUCUAGCCACUCAAGAUAAUAUUACUGGAGGAUUUGCAAAAUGGACAAGUACUGAUGUUGAACCACUCCACACCUACUUUGCUCUUGCUGGAUUAAGUUUACUAAAAGAACCUGGACUGAUAGAAAUCCAUCCAGAACUAAAUUUAAGUCAACGCACAGUAGAACACCUUCAUAAAUUACAUGAACAGUGGACAUGCAAUUAACCAUGCCAUAUCUCUUUUAAAACAUACCAUUAAACUUUCAAUGUUAUGUGCAUAUCAUUUGUGAUAUUUGUCUUUUGAAGGUAAAAAGACAACCCUUAAGAAUUUAUGAAUUUAUUUUAGAUGUUUUAUCUAGCUGGUUCUAAAAAGAAACUUUGCACAAAACUACUAUAAAUUAUAGAUUUUUUGUAGCACAAAAGGAUUAUUUGACGAAUUGUAAAUUCUAUGCUAUUUUUCUACAUCCAUAUUUUAUGAAAUAAGAUUACUCUUUCUCCACCAUUGGUAGUGUAGUAUGAUCAAAACUGUAUGUAUCAUAUACUUGAUAUGUAAGUUAUUUUAAAGCAACUGUAAAGCACAAAUCAUGUACCUGGGUUACUUGUGACAUAACACUGACAGAUCGAUUUUAUAUGUACUUGUUGAAAAAAAGUCAUUUGUUAAUUUGUUUGUCAUAUGAGUGUAAUAAAGAGGAGAACAUAAUUAUCUAACCGAA